AUGGCCAUCGAAAACUUUGUUCAACCGUCCAUUCCUCGCUUUGAUGGUCAUUAUGAUCAUUGGAGCAUGUUAAUAGGGAACUUUAUAAGAUCUAAGGAGUAUUCGCAUGUCGUCUCUAAAGGAAUUACGGAACCAGUAGAUAGAACGACAAUGACACAAGCACAAAGAAUGGAGCUAGAAGGGCAGCGGUUGAAAGAUCUCAAGGCAAAGAAUUAUCUUUUCCAAGCAAUUGAUCGCUCAAUCUUAGAAACCAUUCUUUGCAAAGACACUUCGAAACAUAUUUGGGAUUCCAUGAAGAAGAAGUACCAAGGUUUAGCAAGGGCAAAAAGCAGCAACUUCAAGCAUUUCGAGAAAGAGGAGCAAGCUUUGAAGGCCUCAACAGAAAAUCACUCGGCGACAAGAGGAGACAGAGGACGAGGUAGAGGUCGAGACAAAGGCAGAGGAAACAAUGAUCGUGGAAAUCAACAACAACACCAACACCAACACCAAGACAACAAAUUUCAAGGAAGAGGACGAGGUGGCAACCACUCGACUACAUAUAAAUCGAGGUCAAUAGACAAGUCCAAUGUGGAGUGCUACAGAUGUCAUAAGUACGGUCACUAUAAGUUUGAAUGCCGAACUAAUCUGAAUAGACAAGGUGAAGAAAGAACUAACUUUGCAGAAAAAGAAGAAGAGGUGUCUCUUUUGAUGGUGUGUCACGUAAAGGUAGAAACUCUACCAAAUAUGUGGUAUUUAGACACUGGCUGCAGCAACCACAUGUGUGGAGAUAAGAAGGCGUUCUCUGACCUGGACGAAUCUUUUCAUAACACUGUUAAGUUUGGUGACAACUCCACAGUUUCUGUUAUGGGGAAAUGA